CAGUUCCUUUAUUUAUUUACAGAGCACGCGUGCUAGUUGGUGUCCCCCCAGAAGGCACCGAUUUUCCACAUUUUCCAGCUAAAAACGGCUCAAAAUGCGGAUUGAAACGUGCUACUUUUGCUCCAGCAAGAUUUUCCCCGGCCACGGGAUGGUUUUCGUCCGAAAUGACUGCAAGGUGUUUCGGUUCUGCCGUUCCAAGUGCCGUCGGGCGUUCAACAAGAAGAAGAACCCGAGGAAGAUCCGCUGGACCAAGGCGUACCGGAAGACGAACGGAAAGGAGCUCACGAUCGAUCCGGCGUUCGAGUUCGAGAAGCGCCGCAACGUCCCAGUCAAGUACAACCGGGAGUUGUGGUCGAAGACGAUCGACGCGAUCAAGAAGAUUACGGAGAUUCGGGAGCGUCGCGAGCGCCACUUUGUGAUGGAGCGGCUGCGGAAGGCGCGCGACCACGAGAUCCACAACGACAUCGUGGACGUGCAGAAGAACAUUUCGCUGAUCCGGUCGCCGGCCAUCGGUCUGCGGGAACGACGCGCCAAGGAGGAGGCCCAACAGUCGGCGCUGCUGAUGGACGUGGAGGGCGAGGAGGAGGAGGACGAGGAACAGAUCGAGUACGUGGAUGCGCGCCAGCUCGAGAAGCAGCUGGAGGAAUCCGGCGGGCUGCUCGAGGACGACGAUGCCGAGAUGAUGAAGGCUUGAGCGUCUUGGGCGGCGGUUUAAUGUUAAGGGUCGAACACGGUAAGCAAACACUCUCACUUUUAUUUUGUUCUUGUGGGCUGAUGCCGUCUACAAAUGUUGCAUAUAAAAAUAGAAGCAUAUUACGACAAUGG